UUGUCCCUAGGCGCCAUGAACCAUGAACACUCAACCCCCGCGACUGUACGCAUACAAAUAAAGAGAGCGCCAGUCCAAAUCCGUCAUCAACAUGUCACUCGUCGGCGACCCAUCCGACACGUUUGAUGACGCCAUUGAGGAAGCCUUCAAGCAAGGCAUCUUGACCGUCGUGGCGUCUGGCAACGACAACAAGGAUUGCUCUAAUCUGUCCCCUGCGCGCGCCGCCAUCCGUUACAACCGCGAUCGGUGGUACUGGGGUACUAGUUCAAACAGCACCAUUGGCUCCAACUACGGAGCACCUGUUGAUAUCCACGCUUCCGGUGCUGAGAUUGUGUCUACCUUUAUUGGUGACCCUGAUGCCGCCGAAACAUUUGAUGGCACCUCUGGCGCAGCGCCUCUUGUCUCUGGCCUUGCCUUGUAUCUCAUGGUGUUGGAGAACAUUACUACGCCCGCGGCCGUGACCAAUCGCAUCAAGGAUUUGGGCACGAAAAACGUCGUCAACGAGAGCCCCGCCGGCACGGUCAACCUCCUCGCCUUUAAUGGUAUCGACUCCGCUACCAAACCAAAGCCAUAUUCGCACUAG